AUGGCUGACGGAGAGGAGGACUUUUCUUCCUUGCCAUUGCCCGACCGGUUCGCGCACAAGAACUGGAAAGUCCGCAAGGAAGGAUACGAGGAUGCGAAACAACAAUUCGAGAAAACGCCCGACGAGUCGGCACCAGUAUUCACACCAUUCAUACAAGACCCUGGUCUCUGGAAAGGAGCAGUGGCGGAUUCCAAUGUGGCGGCUCAACAAGAAGGUCUUGGGGCUUAUUGUGCGUUCUUGAAGUUUGGUGGUGUACAGGCUUGUACCAGAACGCGCGCAACUACAAUCUUUCCUAUCUGUGAGAAAGGUCUCAUAUCUACUCGACCCGCCGCCAAAACGAGUGCGAUCGAGGCCCUCCUUCUGUGCGUGGAGCUGGACAAGGCCGAUCCGAUUAUCGAAGAGAUGCUGCCCGCGUUGUCACAUAAAGUACCCAAGGUGAUUGCGGCCGCGUUGGCGGGGCUGAAGACGAUCUAUCACAACUUUGGCUGUAAGAUCGUGGAUCCGAAGCCGGUACUCAAAGCCUUGCCCAAGGUCUUUGGACACGCCGAUAAGAACGUUCGCGCAGAAGCCCAGAACCUCACUGUGGAGCUUUACCGGUGGCUGAAGGAGGCCAUCAAGCCCCUUUUCUGGGGCGAGUUGAAACCUGUUCAACAGACGGAUCUGGAGAAGCUAUUUGAAAACGUCAAACAGGAACCGCCACCAAAGCAGGAAAGGCUUACAAAAGCACAACAGGAUGCUAUGGCCGUUGCCAGUGCCGCUCCAGAAGUUGGCGACGAUGAGAUGGAAGGAGUCGAGGAAUACGCAGAGGAAGAGGCCGAAGUCGACGUCUUCGACCUGGCAGAGCCGGUAGAUGUGGCGUCCAAAAUCCCCGGUAACUUCUCGGAACAGCUUUCAUCAUCAAAAUGGAAGGACAGGAAAGAGGCCCUGGAUGCGCUCUAUACAGUACUGAAUGUGCCCAGGAUUAAGGAUGGGCAAUUUGACGAGGUUGUUCGGUUACUGGCAAAGUCAAUGAAAGACGCUAAUGUUGCCGUCGUGACUGUCGCCGCCAAUUGUGUUGAUCUACUUGCAAAGGGCCUGCGUAGUGGGUUCCUGAAGUACCGCGCCAGUAUAAUGGCACCGAUGUUGGAACGUCUGAAGGAGAAGAAGCAGAGCGUUGCAGACGCCCUCGGUCAGGCACUCGACUCGGUCUUUGUCGCUACUAGCUUGAGCGAAUGUCUGGAGGAGAUUCUCGAAUUUCUCAAGCACAAGAACCCGCAAGUCAAGCAAGAAACGCUCAAGUUCUUGAUUCGCUGUCUUCGGACCACCAGAGAUGUGCCGGCUAAACCAGAGAUCAAGUCGAUCGCAGAGGCAGCAACUAAGCUACUUACUGAGUCAAGUGAGGUCAAUCGUGCUGGAGGAGCGGAGAUUCUGGGUACCUUGAUGAAGAUCCUGGGUGAACGGGCGAUGAAUCCUUACCUCGAAGGUCUUGACGAAAUCCGGAAGACGAAGAUCAAGGAGUUUUACGAGACGGCCGAAGUCAAAGCGAAGGAAAGACCCAAGCCCAUCGUUGGCCCGCCAAAGACCACCUCUGCAGUUGGCAAGAAGGUUCUCGGUGGCAAGAAGCCGGCACUGGGGACGAAGAGGCCCGCAGCUGCAGCUGCACCGCCUCCUGUCGAGGAGCCAGCACCAGCACCGUCUCCAUCCAAGCCCGCCACGAGAGCAAUCCCAUCUAAGUUGGGCGGACCUGCGAAGCCUGGCGGCCCUGGCGGCCUUCCUGCUCCCAGCGGUUUAAAGAAGAGGCUUGCUGGUCAGGCUGGUUUGCCAUCACCUCAAAGGCGCGUUAUGUCACCUCCCUCGGAGGAUCAGCCACCACCUCCUCGGCUUGUUCUUGGAAGGGGCCUUGCUGGUCGACCCAUCGCCAGGCCAUCGGCUCCGGCGGAGCCAGCUCCAGCUCCAGUCGCACCUCAGAUGAGUGGGAUGUCUGCCGCUGAACGUGCGGAGUUGGAAGAGUUGCGUCUCGAAAAAGAACGAUAUACGCGCACAAUUGACGAUUUGAAAUACGACAGAACCAAGUUGAAUUCUCAGAUCACAGAACUUCAAAAUCAAAACGCGCAACUCAUCGAAGACCACACUAGGGAUGUUCUGAGCAUCAAAGCCAAGGAGACACAAUUGGUCCGAGCUCGCAGUGAUGCAGAGGCAGCCGAACAAACGGUCCAGAAGCAACAACGAGAGAUUGAGCGUCUCAAGCGCGAGUUAGCUCGGGCUUUGCGCGCCAGUGCUAUCAGCCCAACGAAUGCCUUGCCCGACAAUAUCAGUAUCUCGGAGGCCGGAUCGGUCUACCAGGACCCGGGCAACAACAGCUACAAUCCAAUGUCUCGAGCUAGUCUCCACAUAGGGUCCAGGUUCGAUAGCUCCAGGCCCCGUAGCUAUGCAUCCACUAGCCCCAGUGAGGAGAAGGAAAACAACGGCCUGGACUCUCCAGCGCUAAGCACCAGAGAGGGAGGUUUCGGUCGGCGGAAGCUCAGCCCUUCAUUCGGCACGGGCUACUCUGGCUUGGGAAGUCCCACCCGUUCAUCUGUGCUAGGCUCUGGCAGUGCCUCAGGUGAGGACCAACCUGCCAGAACCACAGAACCCGCUGAAAACUGGAAGAGAGCUGCGGAAGUGACCAGCCAACUCAAAGCAAGAAUUGAACAGAUGAAGGCAAGGCAAGGCCUUACAAGACCACCCGCUCAACGCUAA